AAUAAAAAUAUGGAUGAAAGCAAGGAAGCAAAUGCAUUUUAUCAUGCUUUAUACAUUUAUCUUAAGAAAACACAAGUUAUCAACAGAAAGCUCAGCUGUGUAUCGAAUGUUGUUUGCUUAAAAACUUUUAAACAUUUUGAUAAAAAUGAUUUCAUCAGAAAUUUAAAAGCAUUGGAAAAUGUUGACUCGGAAUCUGUAGAAAAAGCUUAUAAAGAUCUUGGUUCAACAUUUGACAAAUCAUACUUAGAAGAAAUUAAAGAAGUUGAUGAUACGUCAAAAGUAAUUUUUAUUUCAAUUGAUCGAAUGCUCCCAAGGAACGUCCAAAAAUAUCAUAAUUGUACACUUUUAACAAUAAUUGAUGUCAACGAUGCUACUGCCAGUUUUUAUCCACUUAAUGCAGACACCAAGAACUUAAUUCCAAGCGACGAUUACAAACUAACAUUUUCCAGAGAAACUAAUCAAGUAGAACUUCAAAUUUUAUGCAAAAAUGAAGGCUCGUCGAAUUGGCUUCAAUUUGUUCUUAUCAAAAAAGUUCAAUCAUGGAUUGAUAGUUUCUCAAAAGAGGAAAUUCAGCAAAAUAUUGAAAGUCAUAACUUGAUAAAUUCUGAGCUUUACAAUUCAACUUAUGCAAGCUUGAAAGAGAAAUAUGGAAGAGAACUUGAAGCAAAUUGGAAAGAAACGACGGAUCCAAAAAAAUUCAUAUAUGAAGAUAUAGCAAUUGCAAGUUAUUUGAUAGUUUUGUGGAAACACGAGAGAGAUGCAGAAAAUAUUAUUGAUCCUCAGAGUUUUGUUGAUUUGGGAUGUGGAAAUGGACUGCUGGUUUACAUUCUGUCACAAGAAGGUCACCGUGGAUAUGGAAUUGAUUUAAGAAAGAGAAAAAUUUGGGAUCAAUACCCAUCUGGCACAGAUCUUAGAGAAUAUGCAAUAAUUCCUUCUGACGAGAAUCUUUUUCCUGAUAUUGACUGGAUCAUUGGAAACCAUUCAGAUGAACUUUCACCAUGGAUAUCUGUAAUAUCUGCUCGCAGUUCUUACAAAUCACGAUACUUUCUACUUCCGUGCUGUGCCUUUGAAUUUUCUGGAGCUAAAUACCAACGAAAAGGAGGAAUAAAAAGUCUUUACAUGAGUUAUAUUGAUUACUUGUUGAGCAUUUCCGAUGUUUGCGGUUUCUCAUCAACAAAACUUGAUCGUUUGAAAAUACCAAGUACAAAAAGAAUUUGCAUUAUAGCAACGGGAAGAAUUCAUAGUCAAGCGGAAUUUCAGCUCCAAUGCCAAAAUAUUCAGAACUUUAUAAAUCAAGAAAACUCUUCUGAAAGUAACUCAAAUAUUUGGUCGGAAACAUUUAAGCCUAGAGAUAAAAUAGAGCCUGUCAGAAACUGUACGAAAAUAGAAAAAAGUCUAAAGGAUUCAAUUACAAAAGUAAUAUUUGACAAGCUUUUGGAGGAACGAUCGUUUUGUGAUAAGUUUCCUGAAUGGAACUGUGGAGGAAAAAUAAGAAUGUCUGAUGCUGUGAAUCUAAUACUUGAGGAAGACCUCAAAAAACUUAAAUCUGAAUGUGGAGGUCUUCAAACAAUUUUACGUAAUAAACAUCAAAUUUUUGAAGUUCAUGGAGGUGUUAUUAAAAUUAGAAUGCCACAACGGAUAACAGAAAAAAAUCUGACUAGAAGAAAUGCCAUGAAAAAUGUUAUUAAAACUUUACAAUGUUAUUUUUAUAAGAAUCAUCCUAAUGCAUGUCCGUUAAAUGAUUCUGAAUGUUGUUACAGACACUGAAAUAAUUUUAUUUUUUAUAUGAAAAUAAAUUAAUAUUCCUAUGUAAAACUAAGG